AGAUUUUUAUUGGAAGCAAUUGAAGUGGUUGCUAUGAGACCCGCUCGAGCAGAGGACCAGCAGUCAGCCUGACGCUGAUGGUUCUUACCUCUUACUAAACCUUUCCUUUGACACAGUUUUAGAGUUGUUAAUAUCCGAGCAACCACCUGACACGGGUGACUUUUUCCUUCUUUUUUUUUUUUUUCUCCUCCAGUCCCUCGGGGAAGAUGGAGGUAGAAAAUGAAGCCAGCUGCUCUCCGGGCAGCGCAUCAGGCGGGUCCAGAGAGUACAAGGUGGUAAUGCUGGGAGCAGGGGGAGUUGGUAAAAGCGCAAUGACAAUGCAGUUUAUUAGUCAUCAGUUCCCUGAUUAUCAUGAUCCUACUAUAGAAGAUGCUUAUAAGACCCAGGUUAGGAUUGACAAUGAGCCAGCUUAUUUGGACAUCCUGGACACUGCUGGCCAGGCAGAAUUCACAGCCAUGCGGGAGCAGUACAUGCGAGGUGGGGAGGGCUUCAUCAUCUGCUACUCCGUCACUGACCGCCAAUCAUUUCAAGAGGCUGCCAAAUUUAAAGAGCUCAUUUUUCAGGUCCGCCACACCUAUGAAAUUCCUCUGGUGUUGGUGGGUAACAAAAUUGACCUGGAACAGUUCCGUCAGGUCUCUACAGAAGAAGGUUUGAGUCUGGCCCAAGAAUAUAACUGUGGGUUUUUUGAGACCUCUGCAGCCCUCAGAUUCUGUAUCGAUGACGCCUUUCAUGGCUUAGUGAGAGAAAUCCGCAAGAAAGAGUCCAUGUCAUCCUUGAUGGAAAAGAAACUGAAGCGAAAAGACAGCCUGUGGAAGAAGCUAAAAGGCUCAUUGAAGAAGAAGAAGAGAGAAAAUAUGACAUGAUAUCCCUGCAUUUGAGUCCCUCACUCUCUCUCUCUCUGAGAGAGAGUUGGACAAUUCCAGAUGUAGCAUUCUGCUUUAAUAUUCUGUCUGUCUGUCUCUCUUUAAAUCUCUGCCUGUAGGUAAAAGCAAGAUCUGCAUAACUGUACCUCUAGAGAUAGUUUUGUUUUGCCUUUAGCAGUUGGAUGGAUUUUGUCAAUCAGCCGGAUAUGCUGUUUAGUUUUUACAAUAUAUGACUAAAUAAAAUUGACAUUCCAAUUGCCUCA